GCCCGCGCCCCGCCGGCUCUGAGCGCGGCCGGGCGAUGGAGGCGGCGGCGCUGGCGCGGGAGGGCGGCGGCCAGGGCCCCCCGCCCCACGAGCCCAUCAGCUUCGGGAUCGACCAGAUCCUCGGUGGCCCCGACCCCGCGGGCGGCGGCGCGGGGCCGGCCCGGGCGGCGGGGGAGCCCGACUACGGGCUCUACGGCGGCGGCUACGGCCCCGCCUGCUCGCUCGGCUCCUACAACCUCAACAUGAGCAUGAACGUGAGCGUCAACGUGACCCCCGCGCCCGCCGCGCCACCCGCCGGGGUCAUCCGCGUCCCGGCGCACCGGCCCGCGCCCGCCGCGCCUCCCGCCGCGCCGCCGCCGGUGCCCGGGCUGCCGGGGCUCACCUUCCCCUGGAUGGAGACGACGCGCCGCAUCGCCAAGGACCGGCUCUCAGCCGCGCUGUCGCCCUUUGCGGCAACCCGGCGGAUCGGGCACCCUUACCAGAACCGCACGCCGCCCAAGAGGAAGAAGCCGCGCACGUCCUUCAGCCGGGUGCAGAUCUGCGAGCUGGAGAAGCGCUUCCACCGGCAGAAGUACCUGGCCUCGGCCGAGCGCGCCACCCUGGCCAAGGCCCUCAAGAUGACGGAUGCCCAGGUCAAGACCUGGUUCCAGAACCGCCGCACCAAGUGGAGGAGGCAGACGGCGGAGGAGCGCGAGGCGGAACGCCAGCAGGCCAACCGGCUGAUGCUGCACCUGCAGCAAGAGGCCUUCCAGAAGAGCCUGAGCCAGCCGCUGCCCCAGGACCCGCUCUGCAUGCACAACUCCUCCCUGUACGCCCUGCAGAACCUGCAGCCCUGGGCUGAGGACAACAAGGUGACGUCCGUCUCGGGGGUGGCCUCCGUGGUGUGAGGUGCCCCGGGAGCCGUGGAUGUGUGGUGGGAGCCCGGUGGGGUCUGAGCCCGGCACCGCCAGCCUGUGACAGGGAGGGGGCUGCUGCUUCCCGGGAGCCCCCCUCCAUCGGCAGCCCCCUCUCUGCCACAGGCCAGCCCCCCCUGGUCCCCCCUCGGGGAGGGUGGACGGGCACCUGCGCUCGGACUCAAAGCUCUGCUGACCCCCGCGGGGACCCCUGCCUGGCGCACCGCUGCGGGCAGCCCCUUGCCCGGACCUCCUGGGGAGCCCAUUCCCGGGCCCCCCCACCCUGAGGGCCUCUGCAAGUCCAGC